GGGAAAUGCACCAAUCAUUGAACCGGCUCUUGCUUUACAUCCUUUGUGCUUGCAUUGGAGAAAGUAAUGGCCUCACCAUAGAUUAUAGGUCUUGCAAGAGUGCAUGUGCUUCUCUAUCUAGCCUGCUCUUAGUUGAACAACUUGACACCUAUGUUGCAGACUUUGGGCUGGAUCCUUCUAUCGUUGGAGAAGCAGAAGGAGAUGUCAAAUCACUCUUCUGGGCGCAGCAGCAGCAAUCCCUCCGGCCUGCUUGCCUCGUCCACGUCCAGGCAGUCGAGGAUGUCACAAUAUUGAUCGGGACUGCACGCUCCACCGGCUGCCCCCUGGCCGUCCGCGGCGGGGGACACUCAGACAUACCUGGUGCGAGCAACAGCGACGGCGGUAUCACUGUGAACAUGGCUGGCCUGAGAAACGUCGUGGUGGACGAGAGCGCCAGAGUUGCUAGGGUGGGGGCAGGCGCCACGUGGGGAACUGUCUACAGAGAGCUUGAGAAGACGAACAGAACUGUCGUAGGUGGUAGAUUGACAGAUGUUGGGGUGGGAGGGCUGUUGCUCGGCGGUGGGUUGAGCCAUUUCUCUGGCCUACAUGGUUGGGGUUGCGACAACAUUCGCAACUACGAGGUUGUUCUUGCCAAUGGUAGUGUCAUCGACGUCUCGCGCUCUACCCAUCCGGUUCUCUAUCGCGCUCUUCGUGGAGGUGGGAACAAUUUUGGUGUCAUCACACGUUUUGAUCUCGAACUAUUCGAUCAGGGGCCAGUAUGGGGAGGGUUGCAUGUCUGGCCAUUUUCCCCAUCCGUGACAUCGGCUAUUACUGGGAAUUUUGUCAGGUUUGCUCAGGAGGCACCGUCAGACCCGCACGUCUCGCUCUUUGCAGGACUUGGAUAUAUGCAAGGUAAUUUUGCUUGGGCUAUCGGGCAGUACGACGCUCUUGGACGGGAGGAGCCUCCUAUCUUAGCUCAGUUCAGAGACAAUGUCGAGGCUUACGGCGCCAAGAAGAUUGUCAGCACAGCGCGGGUGACGUCGUUGUCGGACCUUGCAGAUGAGCUCAACAGAUCUGAGCCGGCAGGAAAACGGAGCCGGUUUACAACAGCGACUUUUAAGGUCAAUAAAGAACUAUUGCAGCGCAUGGUCGGCUUUUUCGUAGAGCAGGUCAAGAAAGCGCUAGAUGAGGGUCUUCAUAAUGACGAAGCUUUUAAGCCAAUGCUGGGAAUUCAACCCCUGACACGAAACUUGCUCAAAGAGCAAGCACAGCGCGGAGGGAAUGUGAUGGGUCUCAAUGAGGAAGAUGGUCCACUAAUUGUCUGUUCUUUCGGGUGGGAGUGGUCUCAACAAUCGGAUGAUAAAAUCGUCAUAGCUGGCAUCAAGGCGGUGCUCUCCCAAUCGGUAGCAGCCGCCAAGGAGAGAGAACUAUAUCAUCCCUUCAAAUAUAUGAACUACGCUGCAGAAGAUCAAGAUCCGGUCGCAAGUUAUGGGGCAGAUAACGUCGUCUUUUUGAAGAAGGCUAAGGAGAUGUAUGACAGUGAGGGCUUUUUCACGAAAUUAGUGGCUGGAGGAUUCAAGAUCAAUAGCAAACUAGUCAUAUAAACUUCUUCAUAUAGCUCGAUGUAUAAGUGGAAGGGAAUAGCUAUUGCUAUGUUUUUAUUGUAAGAGCUAGCCUUCCUGGGCAUGUGAUUGAACAAAGACU